GGUGAUUGGCUAAAGCGCGUCAAGCGGUUCUCUUAGCCGGCCUUGUCUGGUGUCCCUCGCCUCCCCUCGCGUCCCGUCUCCCCCCUUCUGCCUCACUCGCAGCCGGCUGUCCGCUCCACCUGAAGCACUUCCACGCCGCUCUUGUGACACACUUUUUUUUUUUUUUGUUUACUACGCCUUGAGAUGUGACUCCCCCGACACUUCGGCUAUCUGCUGGACUAUUGAUAAGCGAAGGGAUUCCCUUUGACGCGCACCCACCGGGCGUGUUUGGCAAUUUGGGGUGGACAAGCUUUGGAGACCCUCAACAUUCUGCCAUGACAGUGGAUUUGUUUGCGCUCCUCGGCGUGAUGCUCGUCACUUGUUCGGCGAUGGAAGAAACCGUGAUGGAUACUCGAGUGGCCACAGCUGAACUGGGCUGGACUGCCUAUCCUAACUCUGGGUGGGAGGAGGUGAGUGGCUACGAUGAGAACCUGAACACCAUCAGGACGUACCAGGUGUGUAACGUCUUUGAGUCAAGUCAGAACAACUGGCUCCUCACGACCUUCAUCGAUCGGAGAGGGGCACAGCGCAUCUACGUGGAGAUCCGCUUCACCGUGCGCGACUGCAGCUCCAUCCCCAAUGUCCCCGGCUCCUGCAAGGAGACGUUCAACCUUUACUACUACGAAUCUGACGCAGUCAUUGCCACGAAGGGAACUGCUUUCUGGAUGGAGGCACCCUACCUGAAGGUGGACACCAUAGCUGCUGACGAGAGCUUCUCGCAGGUGGACUUCGGCGGCCGCCUCAUGAAGGUCAACACGGAAGUCCGCAGCUUUGGCCCGCUUUCCAAAAACGGCUUCUACUUGGCCUUCCAGGAUUACGGGGCCUGCAUGUCUUUACUGUCGGUCAGGGUGUUUUAUAAGAAAUGCCCCAGCGUGGUCCAGAACUUUGCAGUCUUUCCAGAAACGAUGACUGGGGCCGAAAGCACCUCCCUGGUUAUUGCCAGGGGGAUUUGCAUUUCAAACUCUGAGGAAGUGGACGUUCCCAUAAAGCUCUACUGUAACGGGGAUGGGGAGUGGAUGGUUCCAAUCGGCAGCUGCACUUGCAAGGCAGGCUUUGAACCAGACAAUGGAAAUGUCUGUCGAGCAUGCCCACCAGGUACUUUCAAGUCGACCCAGGGUCCGGGUCUGUGCCUUCAGUGCCCUCCGAACAGCCGCUCCACUGCUGAGGCCGCCACCAUCUGUGUCUGUCGCAACGGCUACUACCGCGGUGACGCUGAUCAGCCGGAUGAACCCUGCACCAGUGUCCCAUCCAGCCCGCGAAAUGUCAUAUCCAUUGUGAAUGAGACGUCUGUGAUCCUCGAGUGGCAUUCUCCGAGAGAGACGGGCGGCCGCGGCGAUGUCGUUUACAACAUCUUGUGCAAAAAGUGCCAGGCCGACCGGCGCUCCUGCUCCCACUGUGACGACAAUGUGGAAUUCGUCCCUCGUCAGCUGGGCCUGACCGAGACCAGGGUGUUCAUCAGCAACCUGCUGGCGCACACGCUGUACAGCUUCGAGAUACAGGCGGUCAACGGCGUCAGCAACAAGAGCCCGUAUCCGUCCCAGCAUGUGUCUAUAGACAUCACCACCAACCAGGCCGCUCCCUCCAUUGUUCCCAUCAUGCACCAAAUCAGCUCCACCAUGAAUAGCUUCACGUUGUCAUGGCCGCAACCAGAACAGCCCAAUGGUAUCAUUCUGGACUAUGAGCUACGUUACCAUGAGAAGGACCACGCGGAGAUUAACUCCACCAUCCUGCGGAGCCAGACUAACACGGCACGUGUGGAGGGCCUGCGCUCGGGCACCGUGUACGUGGUCCAGGUGCGGGCACGGACCGUUGCUGGUUUUGGCAAAUACAGCAGCAAGAUGUGCUUCCAAACCCUCACAGAUGAUGACUUUAAAUCGGAGCUGAGGGAGCAACUUCCUCUCAUUGCGGGGUCAGCAGCUGCCGGAGUGGUCUUCAUAGUUUCGCUUGUUGCCAUCUCCAUCGUAUGUAGCAGGAAAAGGGCCUACACCAAGGAGGCAGUCUACAGUGACAAGCUGCAACAUUACAGCACAGGAAGAGAGCUCUCUUUGCGAGCCGACAUGUCUAACUGCCCCUCACCACUGGGCUGCCCGACCCACUUCUCAGGCUCCCCAGGGAUGAAGAUCUACAUCGACCCCUUCACCUACGAAGACCCAAAUGAAGCUGUCCAUGAGUUCGCCAAGGAGAUUGAUGUCUCAACUGUUAAAAUCGAGGAGGUCAUCGGUGCCGGGGAAUUUGGGGAAGUGUACAAGGGCCGUCUGAAGCUGCCCAGUAAGAGGGAGAUCUUUGUCGCCAUCAAAACCUUGAAGGCGGGCUACGUCGAGAAGCAGAGGCGGGACUUCCUGUCCGAGGCGUCUAUCAUGGGUCAGUUCGACCACCCCAACAUCAUCCGCUUGGAAGGCGUCGUCACCAAGAGCCGACCUGUCAUGAUCGUCACAGAGUUUAUGGAGAACGGAGCUCUCGACUCGUUCCUCAGGCAAAACGAUGGUCAAUUCACAGUCAUCCAACUGGUGGGAAUGAUGCGUGGAAUCUCCGCCGGCAUGAAAUAUCUCUCCGAGAUGAACUACGUACACCGAGACCUAGCCGCACGCAACAUUCUGGUCAACAGCAACCUGGUGUGUAAAGUGUCGGAUUUCGGCCUGUCGCGCUACCUACAGGAGGACACCUCGGAUCCAAGCUACACCAGCUCCUUGGGUGGAAAGAUCCCUGUGAGGUGGACCGCACCGGAAGCCAUCGCUUACAGGAAGUUCACGUCUGCCAGCGACGUGUGGAGCUACGGCAUCGUCAUGUGGGAAGUCAUGUCAUUUGGAGAGAGGCCCUACUGGGACAUGUCCAAUCAGGAUGUCAUUAAUGCCAUCGAGCAGGACUACCGUCUGCCGCCCCCUAUGGACUGCCCCAGUGCGCUGCACCAACUCAUGCUGGACUGCUGGCAGAAGGACCGCAACGUCCGGCCCCGCUUCGCAGACAUCGUCGCCACCCUGGACAAGAUGAUCCGUAACCCCACCAGCCUCAAAGCUGUCGCCAACAUCCCUGCAGUGCCUUCUCAGCCACUGCUGGACAGAUCCAUACCGGACUUUAACACCUUCAGCUCCGUGGAAGACUGGCUCAGUGCCAUCAAGAUGGGCCAGUACCGAGACAACUUCCUCAACUCGGGCUUCACGUCCCUGCAGCUGGUGGCUCAGAUGACCUCAGAGGACUUGCUCCGAAUAGGCGUGACCUUAGCCGGACACCAGAAGAAGAUCCUCAGCAACAUCCAGUCCAUGAGGGUGCAGAUGAGCCAGUCCCCCACCCCCACCAUGGCAUGACUACAGCGGGCGCCGCGCCACGGAGCGAGCGGCAUUCGGAGGACGGCCCCCGACGGCGACGACCGCGGCCCCCGAACGCCCCCCGAUCCGUCGGAACGUGCCAGGGUCGAGACUGUCGUCUUAAUCUGAACCGCACGAGGAGACCAGGGUCUACAUUUCCACACGUCAAACAAAAACAAAAUCCACACUGAGGAGUUCAGGGUCCACACUUGCCUCACGACAAACGGAGCUGUUGUGGUUAGCGACCGUACACGGGCAGUAGUUCGUAUUGCUUCUGACUGUCUUAUCUGGACUAUUUUCGAAAUGUGAUCUGUGAUUUUUACUUUUCAAGCCGUGUGCAAUGAAGAUGCCUUGACGUGGCCAGACGGAAGUGGUAGAAUACGAAAACCAUCACCAGUGAGAGUCGUUAUGGGGAGACGAAUACAGGGAUGUACAGCAGAAGCGCUCACGUCAUUUCAUUUUAUUUUAUUUUUUUUGUCUUUGUGUUUUCGAUCGUCGUUGCAAGGUGGCCCGCUCUUGCUUUUAAUGCUACCUAAUGAGUCGCGGGUCGGAGGCCCCGCCUGCCGCCGGAGAACGUAAAUAUGUUUAUCUCUUGCUAAAUAUGAUUCUAUCUUUGUAAUAGACCUUCAUAUUGAAGGUGAUGCUCAUGAAUGUGUAUGUACAGGACUCUGCUUGCAUUUUUGGCAAAGACUUGAUGAGACACAUGCAAUAUGCGAGACUUCCGAAAACGACCUGGAUCCUUUUUUUUUGUUUUUUGUUUUUUUUUGAGAACGGACUGUGGGAUUGAUGUCUCCUGGAGCCGGGGUCGCGACUGGACUCCCAACCUUUACGUAAUGUUCAAAGAAAAAAAAAAGUGAAGUAUUGGUAUUGUAGAGCUUCAUGAAAAUUGCUGCGUAGGAUUCCCCCCCCUAAAAAAAGCAUUUUAUUGGAGCUCAUGUUUUAAUGUGGGUGUACACGCGCUGUCGCUUGCCGGUGAGCACUUACUUGUACAGUUUUAUGCUUUAUUCCU